CCUUAAUAUUUUGCCAAUAAGUUGUCUUUAAAAACCAACAAAAGAACAUUUUCAGAAAGAUCUGAGUCAUAGACACUUUCAGAAAUUUGAUUUGUGUUUGACUGUCCGGUGCCAUAACGGUCGGUCAAAUCCUUUCAUUUUAUUUUCUCAAUCCUCUCCGCUUUGACGCUCUUCAAUUACUCUUUACUCUUCACAUUAAUCAAACUAAACCCUAAGCAGAGCAUCACCGCUUUCUGAUUCUAUCAGGUUUGUAAGCUGAUUAAUCUCUGAUUCUCUUUCUUUUAAUUCAGAUCAAAGCUGUUGGUUCAUUUGAUCAAAAUUCUCGAUUUCAUUACCAAAUGAUUGAUGGAGAGGGGGCUCGCGGGAACAACCUUGACCAAGUCGCCUCUCCCAAUUCUUUCAGUCCACCCCGUUUGAAAUCGGCCAGCGGCGGCGCCUCAAAAGCAUCUUGCGGAGAAUCGGAUCUCGAACGCUAUUGCAGGGCGAACUCGGCGCUUGGAACGCCGAAUGCAAUAGCUACAUUCAAUGAUUGUUUUGGAGAAUCUGAGUUCGGGUCAGUUAGGGGUAUUAAUGGUUUGGUUGAUGAUUUUGAGAAUUUCAGUUUGGAGGGGAACCUAAAUGUUCUAUCCAAUGGGAGAAUUUCGUUUCGAAAAGACAGAACCGAAGAAGGAAGCAGAUUUGCUAACGUUAAAAUCGUUGAAGAAGGUAGUUCUUCAUGUUUGGAUAUGCAGUUAAGGGAGGAAGAUGGGAAUUCAUCUAGAUAUGAGCAUUCAGAAGGGGAAGAUUCGAUGUAUAACUAUGGGACAGAUGAUGAUGAGUGUAAGAAUAAUUCUUAUUAUAGGAAGAAAUAUAAAAAUGAGAAUGAGAAUGUGUGCGAGAAUCCUUUGGUGAUUAAUUCGUCUGUGGCGUUUGGUGCCAAUGAUUGGGAUGAUUUUGAGCAAGAAGCGGGCAUGGCUGAUCUGGCUUCUUUCAUGCUGCUAGAUGCAUCCGUCGCAAAGGAAAGAGUUCAAGUUAGGGAUGAAUCGCAAGAGCAUAUUAAUACUUUUGGUGUUUUUCCAAUUGGUUUUUCCAGUUCAGGAGAACCAGAGCUUGUAGAAGAAGCAAAAGACAUUCCUAUGGCAAGUUAUCAAGAAAGGGUGGUUGAUGAUUUAGUAGAAGAGGCAAAUUUGGUCAAUGCGGUCAGUUUUCGAAGGGGUCACGAGGCAGAGAAAUAUGUAAAAGAUAUUGCUUUUACUAGAAAUCAACUCCACGAUGCUGAUGAUGACAUGAAGUAUCUAGAAACUUGUUCUGUUACCGAUGUCUUUGCAAUGGAGCAGGAUACCCCUGUAGAAAAAGCCCCUGUGGAGAUAGGUUUGUAUGUUGUGGAUUCUGAUAGGGUAAGGCAGCAUCAAUCUAUUGAUUCUAAGGAGGUGAUUGCUGUUGAUGAGAGUAAAUUAUCUGAUAGACAGGACAUUGGCAAGUAUAAAGCAGAAUUGGAUCCGCUUGCUGAUUGUGCCCGUCCAAUCUACUCUCCUCCAAAAAUAAAUGCACUAGUGUUUGACGAUUGCAAACCUGAUUUUCCCACAUCUACUUGUGAAAGUAUUGGGAGUACUACAUUCAAGAAUCUUCCUGCACCAGCAGAUGUAUUUGAAGAACCUACUGGACCGGUUAAGGUGGAGAAUCUUGAGCUAAAUGAAUUUUAUGAUGAGGUUGUUCAUGACAUGGAAGAAAUUUUGCUUGAGUCUGUUGACUCUCCUGGAGCCAUGUUCUUCUCUCAGGGUAAUAGGAUGUUCCAACCACAGUUAUCCCUACCUCUAAGAGAUGGAGGGUCAACUGCUUCUACUUCAGAUGCAGGUGAUGCUUACCUCCGCACUGCACAUGCCAUGAGAAUAGAUGGUGUUGAAGUGGUGGGUGCAAAGCAGAAGAAAGGAGACGUCUCUCUUAGUGAAAGAUUGGUUGGGGUAAAGGAAUACACUGUGUAUAAGAUAAGAGUGUGGUGUGGCAAUGACCAGUGGGAGGUUGAACGCAGAUACCGCGAUUUCUGUACCCUCUAUCGUCGCUUGAAAUCAUUAUUCUCUGAGCAAGGUUGGAUUCUUCCUCCUCCCUGGUCAUCUGUAGAAAGGGAAUCUAGAAACAUAUUUGGGAAUGCAUCUCCUGAUGUUAUUGCUGAAAGAAGCGUUCUUAUUCAAGAAUGUUUAUGUUCCAUUAUCCAUUCCAGGUUUUCUUCUAGUCCUCCAACUACGUUGAUUUGGUUUUUGUCUCCUCAAGAUUCAUUUCCUAGCACCCCCCCAUCAAAUACCCUGUUGCCUCAGUCUACAUAUUUUUCAAGAGGGCAAGAUACAGAAAAUAUUUCUCCUUUAGGGAAGACUAUAUCACUUAUUGUUGAAGUUCGACCACCCAAAUCAAUGAAACAGAUGUUAGAAGCUCAACAUUACACUUGUGCUGGAUGCCACAAACAUUUUGAUGAUGGAAUGACUGUAAUGCAAGAUUUGGUCCAAUCAUUUGGAUGGGGAAAGCCUAGACUUUGUGAAUACAUCGGCCAGUUGUUUUGUUCUUCCUGUCACAAAAAUGAGAUGGCAGUCUUACCAGCAAGAGUGUUGCAUCUUUGGGAUUUUACUCGUUAUCCAGUUUCUCAAUUGGCUAAAUCAUAUCUGGAUUCUAUACAUGACCAGCCCAUGCUUUGUGUUAGUGCAGUUAAUCCUCUCCUGUUUUCGAAGGUUCCAGCCCUGCACCAUGUUAUGGGCAUUAGGAAAAAAAUAGGAAAUAUGCUUCCAUAUGUUCGCUGUCCGUUUCUUAUGUCAAUCAACAAAGGACUUGGAUCUCGAAGAUAUCUUAUUGAAAGCAAUGAUUUUUUUGCGCUUAGAGAUCUCAUUGAUCUUUCCAAAGGAGCUUUUGCAGUAAAUAUGUCAGCUCUUCCUGUGAUGGUGGAAACUGUAUCAAGGAAAAUUCAGGAACAUAUAGUAGAGCAAUGCCUCAUAUGCUGUGAUGUAGGAGUCCCUUGCAGUGCUCGCCAGUCUUGUAAUGACCCAUCAUCUCUCAUAUUUCCUUUUCUGGAAGGUGAUAUUGAAAAGUGCAUGUCCUGUGGAUCAGUUUUCCAUAAGGAUUGCUUUAAAAGGAUUGCAAACUGUCCUUGUGGGUCACUACUUAGAGCAGAUGAGGCGAUGAGGCAUUCAAAUAGUCUAAUCCUUGGUGCUAGUUUUGGGGCAAAUGGAGGAGCAUUAGACUUGUUAGGGAAGAGGUCAAGUUCUGGGUUACCUGUGGGUUUCCUCUCUGGACUAUUUUCAAGGACAAAGCCAGAAGGGAUGGAGCAUAAAGACAAUGAAAAUAUCAUUGUAAUGGGUUCUCUGCCAAGCAAUUAUUUGUGAUCACGUGUGUCAUAUUUUUGUACAUGAAGUUUGAUUUUCAUUUGUUGGACCUUGGUUCUAUUACAUGUGACCAAAUUCUGAGGUGUCGACUAGCCCUGUAUAAUAAAACAUACACAAACAAAGCUGUCUGAAUGGCCAUCACAGAUAUGUACACAGAUUUCUUUCAGAUUUACCAUCUUCUGGUGCUUUAAGUUGGGUAAAACUUUCUCAAGGUUACGUUUUUAAGAUGUAAUUCUUGUUUUGCAUAAAGGGUUGAUUUAGUGCGAAGGUAAAAAAUAAUGUUCUCUUGUCAAAUUGUUGUCAUUUUUAUCGAUUGUAAACACUCAACUUGGAGAGACAGCGACCUCAUUACAAAAUUGAAGGAGAUAAUAACUUUAUUAUUAUUAUUAUUUAUUUCAAA